GGGAAAACCAAAAUGGCGCACAGACAAUCUUAAACUCUUUCCCGGUUUGGCUGGUCGUUGUUUUCGGCAUCCAAUCUCUUUUAGACAUAUGCAUGACAGAGAGUAGGAACCGAAUAUUUUAAAUCAGCUUCCAUGUGAGGAAUACAUACGAUAGAAUGAAUCAGGGAGCUAAGAUACUCAGUGCGUUGUCUCGCAUCGGCUAUCCGAAGGCAAACCAAUUUGAAGGAGACAGUUUGGAAUGGCUGUUCGAUUGCGAAUCAAUUGUUCCAUUCCUGGAAUGGUUUUUUGAAAAUAUACACGAGUCAAAUGUGGUAUCUCUUGAAGAUCUUAAGAGGUGAGAGGAAUAGAGACUUAAGAGUCGUUUCGCUAAUGACAACAGUAGUUUGCUACUCUCGAGUCUUACGGCUGUACAUGUAGGUCGUUUCGCUAAAGUCUCAGGGCAGUUCGCUAAUGUCUCGUUGGUUGUUUCGCCAAGACGUCAACGAAUCGAUCUCAUACGUUAGCGAACUAGUUGUUAGCGAAACGAUCGCAAUUCAUAUUAAGAGUCUCUAUACAUAUACCUCUUAAUUGUUACUAUUAUUGUGCCCAGAAACACUCAACGUUCAAUCAACCUGUGGAAAAAGGAAAACAACAGUAACAAAGAUAACAACAACCUUAAGGUUUACAUUCACAAGUAACAUAAGUAGACACUGCCCUUCACUAUGGUGUAUCUGCAAGAAAUCUGCUAUUUACACUGUACAUCUGCUUUUUUCACACCCUAAAACCAACAUGGAUAUUCACCAUACAGUUCUCCAUGCUUUUCCACAGUGCUGAGAAGGAGAAUUUGUUUAAAAAUCAAUAGCUUUUUUAGUUGGUGAUCAUUUCAUUUAUUCUCAUGUAUUUCAUGUGGUGUGAUUCCGGGGUGAUAUUAUAAGGAAGAAUUAUAUGCUAACCACUCAGAGGUCAAAGGGUAGAGAAGCGUUGUACCUAAAUUGAAUCCAUUAUUUUACAGAUUUGAUGAACUGCAGUCAUCUGGUGCACAUAUUCUUGAGGUUGGUUGUUUUCCACUCUACCACAUGUAUGUACCACUAUCUACUCAUACAUGUAAAAGCUUGUACAGCUGUUGGUAAGAUAGCAUCCAUAAAGCUCCAAAGGAAUCAAUGCAACUGAAGGGGAUGAACGUAUUACCAUAGUCUUUACUGUCAUUUCAAAACAGAAUAGAAAACUACAUACUCACUAUGGGUAUUUUGUUAAGUUCACACAAUUUAUAUUUUUUUAGAGUGAUCAAGUUGAAAAGACUUUGUCAAUAUUGUUGCACGAGGAAGAAGAGUUUUCUGGUGAAACAUUGAGGUAAAGUGUACAUCCCCAAUCCAUUUACUAGCACUGCUGUAUUAUUACUAUUAUCAUGUUUUGAUUUAAUCAUAUGAUAAGCACACUUAAUUUCUUUUUGAUGUUACAUUGAGAGGUGCCAAUGCCAGUAACUUAUUAUAUGGAUUACAUGGCAUUUGUGUUAUUGACCAAAUGUGAGGUCAAGAUCCGAGUUCUUUCUUUUUGCACUUUUAAGGACUGAGGCAAAAUUAAGGUCCAUAAAGAUGCACAAGAAGUAUGAGGCUUAUAUCCAGCCAUCUUGACCAACCAAGUUUGGUUACAAGUUUUUUUCACUGCACAGGAUCAAAAUGGGCAAUUGCAAGGGAGCAAGAUAACCCCAUCUGGCCCCCUUGGGUAGCCAAUCAGAACACAGGAUUGGCUUCAUACUGCCCAAGGGGUGCUUUCAGCAACAUAUAAAUAAAUAUUCUUUCAUAUUUCCCUUUUAUAGCUUAGCCUGCUUGUUUGAUUUUUGCAUUGAUACCUUUUUUGCUAAUAGUAUUGUCACGAUUAUUAAUUGUGGCAUUUUACAUUUUGUACUGGCAGAAAUGAGGUUGACUUGCUAGGGAAAGAGGUUCAAACGACAAAACAGAGACUACAAAAAAUGGUUUCACAAAGGAAUAAAUUAAGGUAAGAAGCUAUUUCAAUGCAGUUAAGUGCAAUUUAACUGAGUUAACAACAAAGAGCAUUAGCGUUCUCAAGUAGUCAGUGGGUUUUUUGCGUAUGAGCAUGCAUUGGAAUUCCAUGGGCUCUUCUUUGAGGCGUUCUUACGUGUGCUUUUAGCAAGAAGUUGUUUGAUGUGAUAAGUGGCAGCUCCUGGAUGUUCCAGGCACCCAACCUCUACUAACAUGCUUGCAAAAAAAUUGUAUAUACGCGUCUGACUACCCUGCGUCAGAACACAUGAAAUUAGUCUGCGCAGUUAAUGUAUACAAGAGCAAUACUGUAGCAAUGCAGUUGUUAAUCGAUAACUAUUUAUUUUUAAAUACCAAACAACUCAUAUAACUAACCUAUUUCUUUCUGUAUUUUAAGAUAACAGGACAGACAUUCCCUCUUUUCAAGCUUAGUUUAUUGUACCAGUCAAAAGUAAUCACCAAAAAGAUUGCAUGAAUUGAAUAAAAAACUUUUCUAAUCACUGUUUUUGUUUAUGCGACAUGUUUUCACCCAAACAACAGAUAAAGUUUGAAAAGAGGAUCUUGCUUGGAGUUUGUUAAAUUCUAGACCACAGUGUUAUACACAAUAGUACUGAAAUGGGAAAGUUAUCAGUACAAGAAUGUUUGAAAUUUCUAAUUUUCUUCUCAAACCACAUCCAUUCAGCCAACUUGUUUCCUUCAGUAAGGUCAUGCAGUUCUAGGCUUUUUUUUCACAUUUGUCCCUGUUGAUUUUGUCUUCUCUCUUUCAACUGUUUACUGUCAUACAUUCAAUUAGCAUUCUCUAAAGCUAAUAUUAUGCAACCCAUCCAUGUGGGUAUCCACACUGUACCAGUACAUUUUUGUUAAGCUAACAAUUUAUGCCUUUGUACUUUUUUAGUCUUCAUCAUGCAGGUUUGACUCACAAACUUUCCAAACUGAGUGGUGUUGUUCAGGAACAUAAACAAAAAUACAAGAGCAGCCUUGAGUCCAGUCAAGCAGACAAUACUCAGGUACAUGUCAAAAAAAUAUUUUGUUUUGAAACCAUUUAUUUGUUUCAAUUAUCAGUGUAUUCCAUCAAACUAAAACUUCUUCUUGUUUUGCUUCUUGAGGCCUGUCUACAAAAGUAUGGUAAACUUAAGAUACUGAGGUAAUAAUAUUCAAUUAAUUCUCUAUUUUUCCUUAAAUCUUCAGAUGAACUCCAGUUUGAAGCAGUUGGAACAAUCUGUUUCACAGAUGGUAGCAUUGUAUGGGGGAGAAGAAGGUGAGCCAUCAGACAUGUAGAUUGAUGUAGACUGUAAGUAAGCAUACAUAUCACCCUUUGUGAAACUAAAUUGAUUAUCCAUAAAUCAUGUGCAUCAUACGUACCUUUUUUUCUUUUGUAAAUCUUGCAUGUACAGUGUGGAUGGUCACACAAAUUUUUGAAAUUAUCUCCUCAUUCUAGGUGGGAAUGAUUCGGCUCCAUUUUUAUCACAGUUGCCCUAUGAUAGUUACUUCACAUCUGAGGAAAGAUUUACUGGAGAACUAACUGCUUAUACCAGGAAACAGUUCUUUGAGGUAAAAUAACAGUACAAAAGAAAAGGCAACUAUCAAAAAUUGAGAGAUUCAGUGUAAUUAACCUUUAACUACCAAGAUCUUAUCAGCGCUUAUAAUUCUCCUUGCUGUCUGCCAUACAAUUCUUAUGAUAUUGCAUGUAGUUCAGAGAAUUUUUUAUUGGAUCAACUAAUUUAAAUUCCCUAACCCUUUAACUCCUGUGGGUGACCAAGACAGAAUUUCUCCUUACUUUAUCUAUACAAUAUCAUGCAAACAAGUGAUGAGAAUAAAGAAAAAUAUCAAUUAUGGGAUUACUAAUUGAUCCAAUACCAAAUUCUCCAAACUAACAGAAUGAGAAUCACUCUGAAGAUAGUAAGGAGAAUUAGUAAUGAGGUCUUGGAAAUUAAAGGGUUAAUUAAUAUUUUUCUUUGUUCUCAUCACUUGUCUGUUUUAGAAUGUAUUGAUGAUGUACAGGAUAAAUUUUUUCAUGGCCCACUCAUUGCCAGCUCUUCAAAGCAUUUUAUCAGCUAUGAUCAUGUAGGUAUAAUUAACCAGACAUGAUACAGCUCAUCCUUGGUUUGAAGUUACAGGCAAAGUUACUCAGCUUUCAGAUAUUUGCUUUGAAAGGGUUGAACAUGGUACAUUUUAAUUUUUUUUCAGGGAAUUGCUGAGAUGGCAGGAGGGCAAGAGAGAUCAAGAUAUGAAUUACUGGAAAUAAGUGAUCCUUCGACUCUACUAGUGAGAGGUUAGGACUGAAUCCUACAGUAUCUAACUGUCAUGUACAUACACUGUAGAUUUGUGUUGCACAAUAUUUUUGUAUCAUUAGUUGUGAUGUUAAAAAUGUCUCGCAUUAGACUGAAGUAACUACUCAGGCUAAAUUAUUCAAGAGGGCAGAAGUUCUGAUGCACUGUGUAUGUAUGCACUGUAAAUCUUUUAUUAACCUACUACAGCUGUUCUUUUCCUAGCCUACAUGUAGCUGUACCCUCCCUCCCCCCCCUCCAAAAGGUAAAAUGAAAGUGAGGAAACUUCACCUCCAUUUCACCUUUGAGGGGCGGGGGAGGGUACAGCUACAUGUAGGCUAUUCUUUUCCUAUGCUGACAGAAAAAACCAAUUUCUAACAUUGUCCUGACGUGUAUGUCUGCCUCCUUACAUCUUGUUCUCUUCCCCCUUCACCUCCCUUUUUUUAUUCCUACCUUUCUCCAGAUUUCCGUUCUUGAAUUUAAUCUUCCAUACAAUUUUCCUGAAAGAUCAUUUCUAAUUCUCUCAGGUGAGAAUAAUGAAGUUAACCUCAAUGACUGUCAAGAGCUUGCAAGACUGCAAUCUGUGUAAGUUUUUAUUUAAUUCAACCCUUUACACCCAAGCAUCAGUAUCCAUAUUCUCCAUACUGUUCUCCGUACAUUUUCUAAGGUGCUGAAAAGGAGAAUUUGUUUAACAAUCAAGAACUUCUUUAGUUGGUGAUCGUUUCCUUUAUUCUCAUGACCCUAAUGUUUGAUUCAGGGAUGAUAUUGUAAGGAGAAAUUAGAUGUCAGUCACUGUUUGGGGUUAAAGGCUUAAGUCUUUGACUAUUUAGAUAGUGCAACUAGGGGAUCAAUAUCAGUAUCUGGGCAACUGCCCACCUACCCCUCCCCUAACUCAACAACAGUCAAUUGAUAACAAGUUAGGGUUAAUGCUGGGUUAAGGGAGGGGUAGGUGGGCAGUUGCCCAGAUACUGAUAUUGAUCCCAACUAGGUCAUGCAAAUUUUGGCCUGGGUAAAAAUAAAAUGAUUCACUGUACAUACAAUAAAACCCCUUUAUUUCAAUUUACAUGGAUUGAUAUUAUUUUCUGUUUUUUGUGUGGUCUCAGUUAUGCCUCAAGUGAAAGUAGAAGAAUUCACAAUAUGGCUACAGCAUCAGGGGUUACUACAGCAGUUAGUGUAGCUGAGGAGAAACUAAAAAACUUGUCAUGGGAAACAAACCCACCAAGCAGUGAUAUGUUAAGGUCAGUCACAUUUACACAACAUUAUACCAAUAUCUCGUGUUUGUUGUUGGUAGUAAUUGUAGUAAACAUACAGUAGUGUGAAAGAGAGAUAGAUUUAAGAUACUGUAUGCUGUGAUUUGCUGUAAGUUGUAUUUUUACUUAUUUAAUUAGUAGUCAACCUGACCUGAUUACUGGAUUAGCCAGAAGGCAGACUGACUGAUAGAUGAUUUGAAUUUAAGAUGAAUUGCUUAUAUGAAAGAAUAACAUAUUAAACGUUUGACUGACUGACUGACUGACUGAUUGACUUAAAGAACUGGUUCUUUCUUCCUAUGGAUGCAGCAGCACCACAGUCUCUUUAGAAACUUACCUCCUUUAUUCAUUUAUUCAACUGAGAGACUGAGUGACACUCAUAGACUCUUUGUCUGACUGUCCGACUGAGUAACAGCUUGACCGACUCACUGGUUGUUUGUUAGGCUGACCUACAGACUGUCUGACAGAAUAUCACACAGACUCUCUGUCUGUCUGACUGAUUGACUGUUUGACUGACAGCUUAACUGACUGACCUCUUGGCUGACAAACCAUCCACCCAUCCUGUCAACCAUCCAACAAAUUUUCAAUUGAUACUCUAAAACCUAUGCUCUUACCAACUUUCCUAAAUCAGCAUCUGUUUCUCACUAGUGCCAAAUUGACUGAGGUACAAAAGGCUCUUUCCCAAGUCAAGAUGGAGAUUGGAGAGCUCACUGAGAAGGCCCUUCCUGGAUUGGUGCAGGAGCUAGGGGAGCUCCAAGCAACAAGUAUCUUGAAAGGGGACUAUGAGUUGAAAAUAGCAAGACAAGACUACUUUACAUCCAAACAAGAGCAGGUGGGUUUUUUUUUCUUUAUUCCUCUCAUGUUUGCUCACAUGAGGCUUUCAACAUUCUGAUCAUAGCAGCGCAUAGGACGAUCGCAAUUCCUCCAAUCGCUCUGACGAGGGGCUAACGCUCGAAACGUCAGCUUUUUUACCCUUUACGGUGGCUAAUUUACGUUUUCAACUCAGUUGUUAACACUAAAUUACCUGCUAUACUCUCCCACCGACGCAGCACCACAGUUCAGUACCAUGGUGUUGAUAUCGUAAAACGGUUGUGGUAACUCUUCUUGGUGAAUACACUUGUAUAUGAAGUCUAGGCAAAAGCCUGUUAAUCAGAGGUUUUGACAAAAUUGCCAUUUACUUUUCCAACAAUCUUACUUCUUUUGUUUGUUAGGUCAUCACCCAGCUUUUGCUUCAACGUUCUCGGCACGAGUUUCUCUCAAUGGCACUUGAGGUUGAAGGACGCAAGAACCGUAACAUUCAUCGUUUGUUUAGCACCUUGGAGAGUACACUUGGUGAUGCAGUCAAUGGAAUUGAUGCGCGAUUUGUAUCCUGUACAUACAGUGACCAAUUCUUUCAAGAACAAUUGCAAAAUUUCACAAAAAAGCACACCUCUCUUCUUGCUGGUAACAUUUUCAAGUUGAGCUUCAAUCAUGGCACAAAAUAUGGGGAGGCCUUUGCUUUUAUGCACCCUUACGUUGUCAAUUGUAAUCUCUCAAGCGCAGUUGUCAUACUGAGUGAAGGGGAUAAGUUUCUAAAGAAACUGCUGUGCUGUGUCGGUGGGAGAGUAUAACAGGGUAAUUUGGUAUUAUCGAAUCAGUUAGUGAUACCAAAUUACCCUGUCAUAUUGAGUGGAUCGGAGGGGACGUUUUAUACCACCGAUGGUGACAUUGUGCGGUGCUACAUUACAUACAGUACCUUAGAUUGUAUAUAUGAGCACUGUAACAUGAGAAGUUUUUUCAGUGUGAAUCAAAUGAUGGCACAUGGCUUUUAACAUCAAUGUUUACGGAAACGAAACUUCGAACGUUUACUAUGUGGUAGUGAGUGCGCAUGACCUUUUACAUGCUUAGAUACCUCUUGAAAGUUCCAAUGCCUUUAGUUUAGGUCGUUUCACGGAUAGCUUUUAGUACUGUAUUUUCUCGCUUGAGAAGUAACAAACUAUGUUCAGCUCAUUACCUUAACAAUUUCCAAAGACAAUUAUGGACGAACAUGCCCUUCACCCUCCCCACCCAUCCCGUGGGACAAUUGACAGCCGAGACCAUUUUAUGGAGGGGUUGUAUCGUGUUCUUGAAAGCUCACCCAAAGGGGAGGAGGAAAGCAAGAAGGAGAUUUUUCUGGCAUAUAGUCAGCUUGUGGAAUGGAGUCAGCAGUUAGCUGGACAGCUGGAAUCAUUCACUAUGUCCCUGGCCACCUCGGGCAGCAGACAGGAGGAAGCCUGGAAACAACUGUAAGUUCUCAUCAUUCGCUUGUCUUAUGUUUUGUUUGAAUAAACUUGUGUAUUUUAACUUUAAAGUAACUGAGCGACUGGUCAUAAUUUAUAGUCUGGGGGAGGGGGGAAAGGAGGAUAUUGGUUGUGUCACAGUACAAUUUUAAAAAAUGUCCUUAUUUCCUAAGUUUUUUGAACUUGGAAAGCUGAAGGCGUUAUCAUUACACAGUCAAGGAGGGUUCCAUGGAAUCUGUACCGCUGGCAGUUAUCGCUAUGACGCGACAUCUGUAGCAGUUUUUAGACUCAAAUUGUCGGAUUCUGGGUGUUCUUGUAGAAAUUUAAAUUAUGACAGAUGGGGGAAAGUGAGACUGGUUGUGUGAAGGCGAUACAAAGACAAGUUUGCAGAAUUUAGUGACGCGUUGAAGUUUAUUGUUUGCGUGCGAUGAACAACACGCCAUGCAUGUGCAGUGAGAUGCACGAGCGUCAACAUGCAGCCACUGACCUACAUGUGUGAGGCUCAACAACGUAAUGGUAUUUCUGAAAGUAUCAUUUAAUGGUAACUGAAAAAACUAAACAUGUUCAGCGUCGAUCAGUAACUAAAUCUUUUAACACUAUUAUAGGGAGAGUAACCUUAAACAGGGUAUAAAGACGAUGUAUGGAGAAUCUGCCACGACUGGUGGUCUUCCUCAGUUGAGUCCACAGGUAAUGAUCAUACUGCGAUAAAAACCAGGUUAUCUUAAACACCGUUUAAAGCCGCGGUUUUAACGCGGUUGUGUGACACAAGCAUAAUCAUUUUCAGGCUACGUAACCUUAAACGCCUUUUAAAGCCGCAUUUGACCGCAGUCAUCUUACGUACAGUAUUCCACCACGGCACAAGCAUAAUCCUCUUUGUUAAAGAACGUUCGGUCACUUUCUAACGUUAAUAGAAUGUUCUUUGAGCGUUUAAUGACUUAAAUUUACUUUGCUUCCUUUUCAGCGUAUUGCGGAUGGUCUCAGUCAGCUUGAUGAACUUCUGGUCACCUUAGAGAAGUCUAUUAAAGAUGUUAUCAAAGACUGUGAAGCCAAGAAAAAGGUAAAGCAAUGAAUACUUACAUUGUGGACAAACUCUUCACUGAAGUGGUGGAGAAUUGUCAGUGUCGUAAGUUAAGUUUCCGUGACGUCGUUUUGAUUUUUUUCGUCUCCAGGUCCUUCGCUCUGACAACCUGAAGCUUAUGGAAAGGGAGCUGUUUAUAUAUUUCUUCACAGACCCUCCACGUCUGAAACGUGCCAUCGCUGAGUUAUCAGCCCGCGUAGACGCACAAAUAGUCUCCUCGAAAUGAGAGCUGUGUACUUCUUAAUGAGGUAAACAGCUGCAUUGACAAUAGCCUCUGCUCAAAAUACGAGCAUUUAAAUAACCAAGGUUUUCUUACUACGUUAAGACGCAUAGAGAAAACAACUUUACUAAAAGGUCUCCCUCUGUGUUCCAAGUUGUGCGUAUUUUAAAAAAGAUGCUCAUGAAAGCCGCAAAGAAGUGGUUCUCUUAAAACUAUCAGCGGAUCCGUGACACACAACCCACAAUUCCUUUAUUCGCUCUGCUGAAGUGCUAACGCCAGCUUUAGCAACUCUUUCACGUGGCCCAAAUUAAAUUAUCAACUCAGUUGGUAAAACCAAAGUAACUUAUCGUACUUUCACCAACGCAGCACCACAGUUUCUUUAGAAACUUACCUCUCCCCUCCCCUCCCUUUAUACAAGCAGAUCCACUCGAGAGGAAUUGAACAAGGCAUUUUCAAGACUUCAAAUACAGCGUCCUAAACCUCUUGUUUCCUGCAGGAAACGAGGUAUUUGAUCGGCCCAAACUCACGAAACAACACUGGUCAUUAUCAACAGAGGUCCCAGGGUAUGAUGGGAAAGUGAAAAACAGUAUCCUAAGAUACUUCAACUCGUUGCAGCGGUUUACUUCGUCAGUGACUGUAACUAUAUAUUGUCUAAGUCGUCAUACAGACCGAGUACAUGAUUCCGUUAUCGGGAACGCCUUUAGAAAUAUUGUUCAUGAGCAGUUUGUAGGUAAACUUCUUCUCUCUUCCCAGCUCUCAAAGGUUUUUGAACCUUCUCUAUUUUUCCCAGGCUCACUCCGAAGGGAAGGUGGGAAGGGGUUGGGGGAAAAGUUGGUAGGAGUUGGGGAAUGCGAACCGAGUUUAACCUUCCUCGCUCCUUUCCUAACCCGUUUGUAAAUCGACCGGCCAUCCCUCAAUGAAGUGAAUCAUUGUAGUUCGAUUUAACGAAAACCAAAAAAAACUUGGUUAAGGAGACAGUUUAGAUCUUAAAGGAGAGAUGAAAUACAGUUUUAUGACGAAUGUCCCUCCCCCGGUUCAGUGCAAGUUGUUGCUACUUAUGUUGUGAUGUGUUUUCUUUUGUUUUUUUUUUUUUGUUUUU